GUGGGGUGACGUGAUAGUGGGGGUGACGUGACGUGUAGUGGGGGUGGUGAGGCGAGUGGCCCACAUCGCUGGCCCCGUGCCGGCCCAGUGGAGCUAAUAGAAAGAGGCUGCGCCUGCUCCGCCUGCGGCCUUGCGUGCUGGGGAGGUUUCUCCUCGCUCGCUCGCUCGCGAUAACCCCGCGAGUAAUCGUUAACAGUUUUUCAUUGGGAUGGAGAAUCCAGGAGGCAUCGAUGCAGGAAAGGUCGCUCGUAGGCUGGAGAGAGAGAUGCUGGAGGUGUCUGACAAGUCCUCUGGGCCAGGCGAGGAGCAACCGGAGAUUUCUCCGGAGCAACACCCUUCGUACGGCGCUCCUCGCUACAGCGCUAUUUUCUCCUGCCUUGUGACCAUCUCUCUCAUCGCCCUCAUGAUCAGGGCAUCGCUCGUUUCUGCCAGUGCAGAUGCUGAUCCGGGAGACACAGACAACAUGGGCUCUUCAGUAAUUCUAAGCAUCUUGGGUCUAUGUUGUCCUUUCCUCCUGCCACUGGUGACUGGAUUGUCCUGCUGCUGUUUCUCCUGGUCUCUGGCUUACUUUGACUCAUUUGAGCCAGGAAUGUUCCCUCCAACGCCACUAUCCCCAGCUCGGUUGCGCAAGAUGACGGGUCAUUCAUUUCACAUGGCCUACAGCAUGGCCAUUCUCAAUGGAGUCACCAUGUUCCUGAUGACUAUAUGGUGGCUUAUUUAGGAGCUCGAGUCGACUCCCAAUGCCUUGGCGCUUGAUGCCCUGGGGAGUGAGCGCGAAAUGUGUCGGUGUUUGUCUUCCUCUGUAUCCCACUGCCGGGAUUUAUUACAGCUUUCGGAAAGUAUAUCCUUUUCGCUCUCUGGUGCGUUUUCGGGUUGUGAUGUCUGACGCUUCGCUCCACUUAUUUCAGGAACUGAACUCCCACCACAUAGAGCGAAAUGUUGAACGUUACACAGAACCACACGUGGAUCAACACAAACAGCACAUCGGAGAGCUGUACAGCAUAACUGAGAAAACCCUACGCAGUGGACCUCUUUGCUGCACUUGUAUGGGAAUGCGUAUUACCUUCAAAAGUCACGGCACAGCUAAAGUUAAUUAUAUGGUGACAUUAACGCAUAAGGAGAAUAUGCAUGAAUGAUUUAAUGCCAGUAAGAUCCCCGAAGCACAAAUGCCAUGGUUUCAUUGGCUUCUACAGAUUAACCAUACUUUUUGCAGAGACUAAAAUCCUCUAGUUUGUUUCAACAUUUCUGUUAAAUCAAUUUGAGAAUAUUAAACAUUUUAAAGGAAUGCUAUUAUCUUAUAUUGUCUUGGUUGCAGUCCGGUGGUGAAUAAUAAUUUCUCCAAAAUUUUUGUAUGAAACAGAUCUUUACAUCUCAUCAGAUUCCUCCAAUAUAAAUACAUAUUCUGAUUGAGUUUUUAUGCAUAUUCCAUGUUUGAUGUUCAGUUAUUGCAUGCACUUUUUUAAACAUUUUACAUAUGUGAUUAUCCAGAAGUGAGAAAUGUGUGCUGUUUAAAAGCACAUUCCAUAUGUGCACGCCACAGGAGUCAUUUGUGCUGAUGAUUGACCCACAUUAAUUGUUUCAGUUUUUAGUUUCAUUUAUUCGGUAUAGCCCUGUGAGCCAUGCGGCUCUUGACUCGGGUGCAACCACAACAAACAAAAACAUGAACAAGAAAACAUCUUAAAGUGACUACACGCAACAGUAAAAUCCAGGAAAAAACAGCAAAGUCUUCAGGAAAAAACACCAUAUUUCAAUGCUGUGUGCAAAAAUCCCAGUGGGAUGCAAGUCAAAUAACAACCAUAAGACAAUUUAGAUUAAAGUUAUCAGGCUAACUCUGUACUACAACAAACAAACAUGGCUUAACCAAAACGUUUUCAAAAUC